AUCACUUUCGGAUUCACAAAGCGUUUCAGUGGGAGCCUUCCAACCUACAAUGUUGGACACGGCGUCGUGAGUAAUAAAGUAAUGUCCUGCGAAAGUGAAAGGACAGCGUUGUCCAUUAUCUAAACGAAUGAUCGGUAAGUGUUUACUGUGGCUGUUAUUAGCCGCCCGUAUAUGUCGUUUAACUUGACAGAAGGUCGUUUUGCCACAAGGUGAGCGCUGGCUGAAGGACAAUGGCACAUGUUGGGGCUGUAGUUGCAGCAAUGGCCAGUGUGAUGGCCAUUCUGCUUCAUUCUUCCAUACACAAGAUUGAGGAAGGACAUUUAGCUGUGUAUUACAGAGGAGGAGCUUUGUUGACAACUCCUAAUGGCCCAGGUUAUCAUAUAAUGCUGCCUUUCAUCACUUCAUACAGAUCAGUGCAGACGACUUUGCAAACUGAUGAAAUAAAAAAUGUGCCUUGUGGAACCAGUGGGGGUGUCAUGAUCUAUUUUGACAGAAUUGAAGUGGUCAACAUGCUGGUUCCAUCAGCAGAAAAAAAGCUCUUUUUCUCCACAGUGGUUGACAUAGUGAAGAACUACACUGCAGACUAUGACAAGACGCUAAUCUUCAACAAAAUUCACCAUGAGUUAAACCAGUUCUGCAGUGUGCACACACUACAGGAAGUCUACAUAGAGCUGUUCGACAUAAUUGAUGAGAACUUAAAGACUGCUCUGCAGAAGGACUUGAAUGCUAUGGCUCCUGGUCUCACUAUUCAGGCUGUGCGAGUCACCAAACCUAAAAUUCCUGAGUCAAUCAGAAGAAACUAUGAGCUAAUGGAAGCAGAGAAGACAAGGCUGCUUAUCACCGCUCAGACGCAGAAAGUUGUGGAGAAAGAGGCUGAAACUGAGAGAAAGAAAGCUAUUAUAGAGGCUCAGAAAAUGGCUCAAGUGGCAGAGAUUCACUUCCAACAAAAAGUGAUGGAGAAGGAAACGGAGAAAAAGAUUUCAGAAAUUGAAGAUGCUGCUUUCCUGGCAAGAGAGAAGGCAAGAGCAGAUGCAGAAUAUUAUACUGCUGCAAAAUUUGCUGAAGCCAACAGGCUGAAGCUUACACCAGAGUACCUGGAACUGAUGAAAUAUCAGGCCAUAGCUGCAAACAGCAAGAUCUACUUCGGUCAGGAAAUCCCAAACAUGUUUGUAGACAACAGUGCCUCCCGUCCAGCCGCGGGCCAGGGUGCGGCAGAUUUGGCGGAGCAGCUGGAGUCCUUGACUUUGAAAGAGAGUCUUAAGAAAGCAUCCAAGCCCAAAGCCACAGAAGGCCACUGAGGGGCCUGAGAGCUGUCCACCCCCUCUUCCUCAGCUGUUUCUCUUUCUCUCUAUCUCUCUUUGUGGGGCAUGGGUGCUUGUGAGGCAUGCUGACAUGGAUGCUUUUCACUCUUCUACUGCAGUGGGGUUGGGUGCUUGGCAAGCUGUGCUGUGAGUCAGUUAACAGAAGAGACUGACACACAGAGCCUGUGGUUUUCCAGCAGUCACUUGUGGACUAAAAAGAAAUGCCCAGGAACUGUGCUACUGAAUAUUGCCAGGUUGAAUUGUCAUGAUUCAAAUAUAAAAAAAUCCCUCCAAUCCCCCUAACUUACAUCAGCAUGCUUUUCCCCUUUUUUUUUUUGCUCUCAACUUUUGAUUCUCUUUUACAAAUCCAUGCUAAUUAUUUGUUAGAUGCAGACGCAUCUAUGUGAAGUAUGUUAACAUUUUGAGGUUUACCUUAAUGUGUUGUCUUUAACAUAACUGGAAUUAUAAGGCAUCACACUAAUUGAGAUCACAGGCUAUGGCUUUAUUAGCUACAAUAUGAUGAGACUCACUUUGUAGCCAACAUUUGUCAUCUCCCUUUCUUUAAUAUAUUGUUAAAGGAUGCUUAACCCUAAAAUUUAUAUUCUGUCAUAAUUUUUUCACUUUCACAUCAUUCCAAACAUGUAAGACCAUCUUUCUUCUGUGGAAUGAAAAACUGUCCAUAUAUUGAAAGUUAUUAGGGUCCAAUAUUGUACUUUGCUUGGACCCCAUUGACUUUCAUUGUAUGGACAAAAAAACGUUUUAAAAUAAUGUUCCACAGAAGAAAUAAAGUCCAACAGGUUUGGAACUAUGUGAGGAUGAGCAAAUGAUGUCAGAAUAUUCAUUUUUAGGUUAUCUACCCCUUUAGAAAAAAGUCCUCAUUUCCAUCGUCACUAACUUCAUUAUAGUUCAAAUGUUAAUUUAGUUCAGCCACAACUGCAGAGAUCAUUUAGGUGUAUAUGUAAGAUUGAUCUUGUUUUAAAAUGAUCCCUUCUUGAUUUUUGUUGAUCUUUAUGAAGACUUUUUCUACGACAUUGACACCUGAAUAUUUGGUGUGAAUUUAAUUUCAUGUAAUGUAAGAAAUAGUGGGUUUGGUAUAGUAUUGUGUAGCUUGUUAGUUUGUGGGUGCUCUGUGAAUGAUGUUGAAUUGUUGGAAAUGGUGACACUGAGCAUGGGUUUCAUAAGAUGUUAAUGUUUUGUUUUCCGCGGCUCCAGCCUUUGAAAAGCUAUGAGAUGGACAGCUGUUGGAUAAUAUAUAUUCGGUUCCUUUAUGACUGAAAAUGCCUUUAUGCCUUUAGUUGAGCUUGCUUGUUUUGUCAUUACUGGAAGGAGUUUAUUUCAAAGGGAAUUCAGUUACAAAAAGGGCUGCUGUAUUAUUAGGCACUAUCUAGAAAUUUAGCAUUAUGAUGGAUGAAUCAGAUAUUCUAACAACAUAGUAAUGCAUUUUGGGAGCCAGAAGAUUUUCACUGGAGUUGACCUGAAGCCUCAAAAGCUUCAUCAGAAUUUCACCACUAGGGGAAGCCAGUGAGCUUCAGGAAUCAAAAAAACUGGACAACAAAGAGUUAAAUGACUCAAAAAUGUGGCUAAGCUUCUCUUAAAGUUGCUUUCAAAUGCCAAGAUUAACAAUGCAUUAAAUCAAACCAUCUAAACUAGGUUUUAAUAGUGUCUACUAGUACUAUCUCUCAGGAAAAGAGACCUGUGUGUUAACUUGAAUGACCUGCUUUUUUUUUUGGUAUCUUACAUUUUAACCUCUGACCAAUUCACGGACAUCUGAGUCAAAUGUAAGUCAUGUUGUCUGUGUGAAUCUGUCACACAGCACAUAGUUUUUACAUCAUCUUCAUACUUAUCGAUUAAAGAGACAAGCAUUCAGUAUAGUUAGUCUGAAUGUUCCUUCUACAAACUGCGACUUCUCCCAUUUUCCUCUUUAAAAAAUUGACUUUUCAUUCAGUGUUUUCCUUCAAGGUUUAAGAUAAAUUGCCUCAAAAGAUUUUUCUGUCCAUAUGAUCCCUGUGAUUCUUAUGGUUGAUUAAACGAGAGAGGACAGAACUUGACUGCCCUGGAAUAAACCCACUCUGUGAAUGUCACUUUUUUUAUGUCAUCAUAAUUUAAGCUCCUAAUUUUAAAACAUUUAUAUGCAAAAUUUAUAAAAUUUUGACAAUUCUGUGAAAUAAAACCUAUUUUGAUACCA